AGAACAGGUCUAGCGAACGUGGCAGCUAGUCGACGCGCAUACCUAAACAGGCAAACGAAGGAAACAGGUCAGAGGCGGCGGCUGUUGCGGAUUGAGAUGGCAAAAAGGCAGAUGCUGUGUGCUAUACGUAUGCUGGCUGUCACGGAAAGAUUCUGAGCACAAAUUGGAACUUCAAAAAAUGCUGUAAUAAAGGUGGUGGUGGAGGCUUCAUGAAAAAAAGGGAAUGCAAAGAUUGUGAAGGUGCCACUCCACCACCUUACCUCUGGUCGGAAUGGACGGACUGGGCGACUUGUUGUUACGAGGAAGGAUACGAUUCGAGAUACAAGGAAAAGAAAAGAGGAGAGAAAACCAGAUUUCGUGAUUGUGUACUAGAAAAGUGCAAAGGCAAAAAAUCGUUGCGUGAAAGUGUAUCAGAAUGCAUACCCGAAUCUGGCAACGGAGACAAGAGUGGAGGCUUUCCAUUUUGUCCAGUACACGGUAGUUGGGGUGUUUGGUCGGAGUGGGGCCGAUGUGAUGCUUAUUACACCAAAUGUUCUUCUGACGGAAACACGGCAGUGCAUCAGAAAGGACUGAACGGUCGAUCGAAUCGAACGAGAGCGUGUGAUGAUCCCGCCCCUAAACACGGAGGAGCAAAAUGCGAAGACACUCACAUAGAAUUUACCAAGUGCACGGUAGCGCACUGUCCUGUAAACGGCGGAUUCUGUGAGUGGGGUGAAUGGUCUACGUGUUCAAAGAACUGUACAGUGUAUGGAAGCGAACCAGACGGAAGGCAUCGACGUAGACGUUCGUGUAAAUGUCCCGUACCUGAGCACGGCGGAGAUUACUGCCAAGAACCACACCAAGAAAAAGGCGUGUGUGGCGAUGAAAAAUACUGUUCAAGUGAUGGUACGUGGAAUGACUGGUCGGAAUGGACAAACUGCGACAAAAGAUGUGGUAUUGGAGAGCGUUGGCGUCGUCGAACGUGUAACCCUCCGCUGUUUGGAGGCCGAAUCUGUCCUGGAUUAUCUCGCGAAUACCGACUCUGUCAGGAAACCGAAUGCCCGUCUAUUUGCGAUAUGGAAGGUAGUGGUAGUGGCAGCGCGGGUAGCUCUGUCUAUUCCAGUUCUGGCGAGUCUGAAGCUGACUACAACAUCUGUUGUCCCCCAUUGAAAGUUUAUGUGAAAUCCGAUCAAGAAUGUUGCAGAGACGAUAGCUCGUCGUCUGGCAGUGGUGUUGGCAGCAAUGUUUCAAUGCCCGGUGAGAUUGUCUCGUCUAGUGCUGGUUCAGCAGUCGGUUCCGCAUCCGGUUCCGCAUCCGGUUCCGCAUCUAGUUUCGGUAGCGUAUCUGGUUUUGGAGUGGUUCCGUACUCUGACUGUGAACCGAUGAGAGGUAGUGACCAUACUAGUGACCCUACGGAUUCCAGUGGAACUGUCAGUGGAAGUGGAAAAAAUCGGCUCACUCUAGGUUCAGGCGAAUUAGGGACUGAGAAUCCGACUAAGUCCGAGUCUGGCAGUGGGUCUGGAUUGCGUCCUGUGAUUGUUCGAAAACGGAGAUCUGCAAGAAGGAUUCGUCACAACCGUCGACGUCGUCUCUCCAAGCGUAAGGAUGAUACAUACCGUGAUAUGGAAUGACAUUAACUGCGUGAGACCAAGAAGAAGUACACGAUCACGGUACAGUUAGUUAAGUUAACAAAGAAAACUGGAGGAGGGGGUGUUGACUUAUCUUAUGCAUGACAAUUGCAAUAAACUACGUCAAUGCGGCAGCAUAUUUUGCAUGACUCUUGGGAACUUGUCAUAGACUGACGAUUUCAGCGUGAGAAUAAAACGAGAAGGAAUCAUUUAGUAAUAA